AUGGAGGGAAGAAACGCUUGUAUACGAUAUCUCUGUUGUGCCUGCUGUCUUCCAGGGUGGGCAGCAGGUAUAAUUUGGUUUAUAAUUAUUGCGAUCAUUAUCGUCAUAAUCGUACUGGCUGCCAUAGCGGGCACAUUCAUCAUGCCCACAGUCGAUAUGGCUGGUGUUUCAUCAAAUCCGACGACAGGCUCUCAGAUAAGCUUUACAGGAGAUGGACUUAGAAUUAAUUUCGGCUUGAUUAUCAAUGUGAAUAAUCCAAAUUUGUUGAGUAUUGACCUUUCAAAUAUCAAUGCAACUGCGUUUUAUCCGACGCCGAAAGGUGGGCGUCCACAAAUUGGAGGAGGGUAUCUUGAACAGCAAGCAGUACCGAAAUACAGCCACUUUAAUUUUACGUUCCCUUUUCAUAUUGAGUACAAUCCCGAUAUCGAUCUAGAUCAAUCUAUACUGACUGACAUAGCAGAUAAAUGUGGUUUGACAGGCGGAAAGAAGCAAGAUAUUACCAUUGAUUACACUAUCCACUUGACAGCGAAAGUACUUAUGGUAAAAGUCCAUCCAACUAUAUCUUCAUCAGCAACAUUCGUGUGUCCAAUUGACGUAAGAAUUUAUCCGAUAAGCAUUGCAUAA